UGUGGAGUUAAGAUGCCUUUGAGAGAAUAUGAAGCUUCAGGAAGCACGGUAAAGUACGGCCGUAUGGCGUGAGGUGCACAGCUAAUUCCUUUUGAGGCGCAGGAUAUCUCGCAAAUGCCAAGCAUGACCUUCCUCCAAAGCGCCGUUGCUACACGGCGCUUGCACCGCAAGUUGACCUCAGCUUCGACGCUGGUGCAGCGUUUCACGUUAGUAGCCAGAGCUUGUGCCAAUUCAACGUCUUCACAGUCACCGAAUGGCGGACCUUUAGCCGGAAUCAAGGUCCUGGAGUUGGGCCACCUCAUCGCAGCUCCGUUUUGCGGGUUUCUGCUCGCGUACUACGGUGCAGAUGUCAUCAAGGUCGAGGCGCCGGGCAAAGGCGACCCAUUGCGAGUGUGGAGAGAGCUAGAUGUGGACGGUGUUUCACCGUGGUUUCGAUCCCUGGCUCGCAACAAAAAGAGCGUGACUAUUGAUUUGCGUCAGGAGAAAGGGAGAGAACUGGUCCGUCAGCUCGCACUACAGUCCGAUGUCCUACUGGAAAAUUUCAAGCCGGGAAGAAUCGAGCGCUGGGGCCUUGGGCCAUCUGAUCUCCAUCCACAGAACCCAGGGCUCAUCUACACCCGCGUCUCCGGGUACGGUCAAACAGGUCCCAUGCGUUCUGUCGGCGGUUAUGCAUCCGUCUGCGAAGCUUUCUCAGGUUUUCGGUUCAUCAAUGGGUUUCCAGACGAGCAUGGUCGGCCAGCGGGCGCACCCGUGAGACCUAACAUCUCACUCGGCGACUCGCUCGCUGGCUUGCAUGCCGCUUUUGGAACCGUCAUGGCGCUACUUGCGCGGGGAAAAGCAGCGCCUGGGAGCAAGACAGGGCAGACGGUCGAUGUCGCGAUUUACGAGAGUGUCAUGGCCAUGCUCGAAGGGAUCAUCCCCGCAUACGACCGAUUCGGUGUCGUCAGAGGGCCUUCUGGCAGCUCUGUGACAGGCAUCGUUCCCACAAAUGUAUACGUCACAAAAGAUCCCUCGACAUACAUCAUCAUCGGCGCCAAUGGUGACAGUAUAUAUAAUCGACUGAUGACGAAGAUCGGCAGGCAAGACCUUAUCGGGGACGAGUUCAGAAAUAACGACGACAGAGUCCGAAAUCAAGAAACAAUUGAGAAUGCUAUCACCGCUUGGACUAGUCAGAUAUCUGCAGACGACGCCUUGCAAGCUCUUGCGGAAGCUGAAGUGCCGAGCGGCCGGAUCAACAGCGUCGAAGACCGUGAGUCGCACGCUUAGACCAGAUGGUACUCGAGAGCGAGUCAGUCCAUUGUCUGCAUCUUCACUUCCUCAUUUCAGUUAUGAACGAGCCACAAGUUCAAGCAAGGGGCAUGAUCGAGACCAUCAAAGUAACCUCCCGCAAGGUUGGGAAGAGUUGGGACUUGAAAGUACCGGGCUCAAGCCCAGUGUUGGAGUCUAAACGUGGUGAACAGUGGGCAGGUCCAGACUUAGGACAGCACAAUGUGGAGAUUCUGGGCGGCAUGCUGGGACUUUCAGAGGCUGAGCAGGAGGGGCUCAGGCAGGCUAGAGUCAUCUGACGAGCUCGUCACAUCAACUUCCUUGUCUUGCUCUAGAGGUUUUCGAAGGGACAUUCAUGCAUACAUAGGUGAUCAUUCCGAGAAAAUUUCACUUGCG